UGUCAACAUGAACACAACUAGUGUGCUUGACUGCGCUGGUGAGUCACCUGUCGUCAACUUUACUUGGAAUGAUACAUCGGAGGCAGAUCGAUACAUUCUAACCAAUUCGUAUUCAAAAACUGACGCAUUCUUUAUCACUAAAGUGUUUCCGACUAUACUGUUUUUUGGAGUCUUAAAUAAUGGAGUAUUUAUAUUUGUACUUUUCCGUGUACAUAGAAUGCGAACCACAUUGAACUCCCUCCUGGCCAGUUUAGCCAUUUCUGAUACACUUUUUCUAGCUUUGGUUAUCGGUGAGAAAACUAUUCGUUUAAGAUCAUCAGUAUUUUCUAAUGAUUUGUAUCCUUUUAGUUCGGCAGCAUAUACAAUAUUACAGAGCUUUAUUGAAAUGACAUUUCAGGCGUCGUUGAUUGCAAUAACAACUGUAGCAUACGAGAGAUACAAUAGAGUAUGCAAUUCAACUGUCAAAACUUCAAGCCCUAUUCAAAAGACGCAUUGUGGUUUCCAAUGUGUUAUGCAGACGCAUCUUGUUCAACUUUUGGCCUUUAUUUGGGGUAUAGGUUUUUUAUUUUCGCUUUUAUUGUUACCUUCAAACGUGCGUUACAAACGGAUUUGCAUCAUAUGGCCUCCUACAGAAAAUUACACAGAAUACCCAUCAACAAUAUUAAAGCAAAACAUCGAAGGCGGGAUGCAAAUUUAUUAUAACAUUAGCCAAGGAAUACCAUUUGUUGUAGCCUUCCUCGUGAAUACAUAUUUAUACAUACAAUUAGUAAAAACUUUAAAGGUACAUACGAAAAGUGUCGCUAAGGAACAUGUGGACAUCUUCACAAAACGUCGAAAAAGGAAGCAGCGGAUAACUCACAUGUUACUGAUAAAUAGUGCCGUGUAUUUUGUAUGUUUAGCGCCUUACAUGUUAACACGUCUUCUUGGUGGACUGGUCGCUAUAUUCAACUAUGACAUUGCUUCUACCCUGUUGCUCGAUGAUAACGCAAUAUUUAUGAACUUAUGUCGAACAUUAAUGUAUUUGAAUUCCGCCAUCAAUUCCAUAUUGUAUACAGCUUUAAGUUCAAUUUACAGAAUUGCCUACAUGGAGGCAUUUUGUUUAAGCAAACCGGUGACACAAGAUAUUAGGAUUAGUGAGUUAAGAUGUACAUGAUUGAGUCCAUCCUCCUAAAUAGUAACGGUAAUGUUUAGAGAUUUAUAUCGGGCAUAAGACGUAGUCGUUAGCACUGUACAGAAAAAACAAAAAAGCAAAAUAUAUUCUAAAAGGUCAACUAAGCUCAGCGACCAAGCUUAGUUGAAAACAGAGACAAAUUAAAAAGGAAGAAAGGGUGAGAUUUAAGGCUUUGCUUGAAAACAGAGAGCGAGGAAGAGUCCCGAAUGUAGAUGGGAAGUUCAUUCCAGAACUUGGAAGCAGCAACCCGAGAAGACCCCUCUCUGUAAUUUCAAGUGGCACACAGGAGUAAAAAGUGUAUGCUGGCUUAUGAUAGGCCGAAGUCUUCUGGAAUGGAACAGCUUGCUAAGCGAAGGUGGAUGGUCACCCAGAUACAACGGGGGUGGAAUUAUGAAGGCACUUGUAUGUGUGAACAACAAAUUUGAAUGCAAUGCGCUGUUUAACUGGUCGACAAUGGAGAGUUUUAAGAGUAGGGGUGAUUGGCGCUUUAAAAAAUUGUAUAUUAUUAUUAUAAUUACAGUAUUAUUAUUAUUAUUAUUAUUAUUAUUAUUAUUAUUAUUAUUAUUAUUAUUAUUAUUAUUAUUAUUAUUGU